UCUGCGGAAGGACCAACGGUCUCUCAACCCUGACGUGCAAAAUGAGAGUUAAAACUGUGUUUGAACAGAACUUUGACGUUCUCAUAGCUCAACUUCAGAGUGAGAGAUCAGGGAUCGAGUCGAAGAAACGGUUGCUAGUCACAGUUACCACCUUCUAGAGGAAGUGAUGACUUCCUGAGUGCUGUGUGAUAGUUUAACGCGCUAGCUCUCUUGAUCUCCUGUCCGCGUCAACACACAGCUCAGUGUGUCUCUUUUCACAGGUGCUGGUUCUCUCCCAAUAUCACCAUCAUGGCAACCCAGGAUGGCGUAUCCACAACGGGGGACAAGCUGCUGCAUCCACCUGAUCAGACUCGAGGCUUGACCACGAACAGACAGGGCUCCCCAGGCCAUGUGAGGAAGCUGGGAAUGACCAGACGAUGUAAAGACAGGAGGGACUUGAAGGAGGACGAAAACCCUGAAGAAAAGGCGAAAAGACACAAGGAGCAAGAGUUGAAGCCCCUGUAUAAAGAGCUCCUAUACACUAUUGCCAACAAGCUGGGCAAGCCAGCCUCUGGAGAGAUCUUCACUGACAGCCAGCUUCAAAGUUACAUCAGAGAGGCCUUCUGCAUGACCGAGUCAGAACACAGGAGUCUGAUGGAUUGGGUCAAGAACACAGAGCCUCCUGUUUACUGUCUGAUGGCCACGCUGAAGGAGGCCAAAGGCAUCCUGGGAAAAGACAUCAGUGGCUUCAGCGACCCGUACUGCCUGCUGACGGUGCUGGAGGACGAGAAGGAAAGCCGAGCGCGUUGCUCCAGACCCAAGCCCCGCAAGGCGGUGGUGAAGGACGCCGCCGAGGACGAGAGAGUCUACCAGACGGAGAUCAAGAAGCAGACCCUCAACCCCAUCUGGAACCAGACCUUCGUCAUAGAGUUCGAGGACAUGGCCGGGGCCAGCUUCCACAUGGAGAUGUGGGACAAGGAUGAGGAAGUGUCCCUUUCUCAGAAACUAGAGGAAAUCAGAACCAACUUUCAUGGACUGAGGAGGAUGCUCAAGGAUGCCACCAAGGAGAAGGGCCAGGACGACUUCCUUGGCAACGUUGUGCUCAGGCUACAGGAGCUGCAUUGCUCGGAGGACGCCUGGUACGACCUCCACCCGAGGACGGAGACGUACCCCGACCGAGGCCAGUGUCACCUGCAGCUCAAGUUCAUCCACAGAGAGAGAGACGAGACCUUGAGCCCUGGCCGCAGCCCCUACAUCAACUACUGUGGCAUUCUGCAACAGUUCGUCCAGUCACACAUCGCUAAGCAACCGGGCAGUGGGACAUGGAAGGGGGAGUUAUGUGGGGAAGGACAGACUCUGCUAGAGCUCUACGCCACUCAGAAUGACCUUUCACCUUUCCUUCAGGACUUGGCAAAGUGGGUAUCCUACAGUAAGCUGUACCAGAGUUUGGAGGUGGACUCCUCAGUGAUGUUCCAUCAACUCACCAGCAUAGAGUACCACUGGCACCAACAGGAACUACCCUACCAACAGAAACAGGAGCUAGGAGACUCCCUCCACAGCUUCCUCCAGUACGGUCUCUGUCUGGUGGCCAAGUACCGAGACAUCUUCCCCCCGACUCCGAAGGCCACGCCCCGCCUCCACACGCUGCUCAGGAUCCUGGCUCAGAUCUGUAAGACCAAGGCCUUCCAGCAGCUGAACCCGGCCCAGUUUGACCUACAGGUGGAGGUCAGGGACGCGGUCCAGUCAGGCACACAGGAUUGGUUUGCCAUCCAGAAGGGCUUGCACCAGCCCAUGACUAAGGACCUGUCAGAGACUGUCAGCGCCCUCUCCAGGCUGAUUAGGGAAGUGCAGGAAGACAUCUCCAACAACAAGGACACUUGGAACCGCGUGUUUGUCAGUGCCGUCCAGCUGGAUGCUUUCACUGUUGUCUAUCAAAAGCAGGACUCUCUGCUAGCUGGAGAGGUGCGGGAGACCUUGUCUCUGGUGGAAGAUCACAUGGACCAGUCUCUAGCCAACCACCUGUUUCCAAUCUACCUGAGCCUGCAGGUCAUCCACAAAGACAAGGCCUACCUGCAGAAGAGGGGUAAAUUACUGGAGCUGACCAACUUCCAUGAAGGGUUCCGUGAGGCCCUUCCCUAUUGGUUGAACAAGGCUUUCAGCACCACCCAGACCAGGGUGGAGAAAGCUGUCCAGGUGGACCAGCUCCAGCCCCUGCAGUCGGGCACCGUGCCCAUCAAGCACAGCUCGUCUGCGGUGGACCUGGUGGCGUGCGUCCAGCCCGUCUGCCAGCUGUGGGAGCAGCUGUCCUGGCCCGACCCCGAGGAAGCCUUCAUGCUCAUGGUUAAACUCACCGAGGAUGUGUGUAAGAUUGUGGUGACCUACUGUAGCAUCCUGAAGGAACGGUGCAGGGAGCUGUCUGAGAACUCAGACCACGGCGAUGCCAUCAACAUGCUGUGUGUGGUAGUCAACGACCUGGAGCACCUGCGCUCGGUCCUCACCCGCCUGCCGGCGCAGCUCAACUGGGAGGGGCUUCGCGAGCGCACGCGUCACGUGAUCAAGGAGGUCCAGUUUCACAACACGCUGCCGUCGCAGCUGCAGCACGCCCAGGGGGUCCUGAACCGGGAGAUCCGCUCCGCCGUGGACACCCUGGGCCGCAGGCUCAACACCGACAUCGAGACGCACGUACGCAGCAUGUCCAGCAGGGGGAGACUCCCCUCCAAGUCCACCGAAGAUGCUGUGGUUCCUCUGAUGCGGUACCUGGAGAAGGAACUUCAGUACAUGCACGAGAACCUGGUCCAGGAGAACUUCAACAGCCUGCUAACUCCUCUGUGGACUAACUCAGUGAAGUGCCUACACCAGGUGGCCACCCAGCACGAAAACAGAGAGGGCCUUAUGGUCUUCUGUCAGAGGCUGCAGUACACACUCCAGUGUCUAGAACAGUGUUUCCAUGCCGAGGGCAACGGGCUGCCUCUGGACAUCCUUCACACAGAUGACUACAAGGUUCUGAAGGCCUACCUGACGCACAACUCUCUCAGCAGCCAGCAGCUCAUAGAGAAGUUUCUGGAAAGGAAGGUCUGGGAGCAGAACGUGUACUGCGGUGAUAAGUACGGAGCUGUCACCCUGCUGGCGUCCUACAGGAGGUCAGACCAGAAGCUGCGUGUGGAGGUCCUCAACGCCAGCAACCUGCUGCCCAUGGACUCCAACGGCUCCAGCGACCCGUUUGUGCAGCUGUGUCUGCAGCCGCGUCACACCUUCCCUGAGGUGGAGCCUCGCCGCACCGCCAUCAAGACCUGCGACCUCAACCCACUCUUCGACGAGGCCUUUGAGUUCCUGGUGUCCCUGGAGCAGUGUCAGUCACCCGGGGCCAGCCUCGUGGUGACGGUGUUGGACCACGACACUCUGAGGACGGACGACUUCGAGGGCGAGGCCUUCCUGGCGCUCAAGGCCGUGCCGGGGGUGGGGGGCGGGGAGGAGGGGGCCGCGGCGGACGCCACCCCCGCUAGGAUCCACCUGAAACUGAUCCACCCCAAACCCAACGAUGACAGUAUCCUGCGGCUGUUGGAGUCGAGGAGAGGAGAGAAGGACGUCCAGGUGUUUGUGAGGAAGCGUCGCCAGCGGGAGAAGCAGUCUCAGGAGGAGAGGGACCAGGAGUGACGCACACGCGCUUGCUUUCAAAAAUAGACAUUUGUUUUAAUUGCUCUAUUCCAAAACCGAGAGGAAAAGACACUGUAUGUAACGCUGGGGGUUUUGGGGGGUGGAGUGGUCUGUGUGCUCAGGGGGAGGACGGGAGAGUGACAGUGAUAGAUCAUGAAACACUCUCCUCAAGUUCCUACACACACACACACACACACACACCUGAGAAGGAACUUAUGCCCCAACCUCACAGGCACUUGGGUAGAUCAGACGUGAUUGGAUAAGGGGUUGUGACGGAUUAUAGAAUAGUGCCUUCUGAUAGGCCAAUACAUUUUUGGUCAAGUUGCUCACACCAAUCAGAUUCUGAGAUCUACGCCAGUGUCUGUAGUGAGCGGGGACUCGUGAGGGGCUUGUUUGGUAUCCAUGGAUACACAGAAACGCGCACACCCCCUAUUUACCUGUUUCCUGAUACCUCGUCUAAUCGGGAUCAGAGAAAUGUAUGACAGCACAGAGCAAUGCAAAAUGAAGACAACCUAUGAAACAAGGUGACGUAUAAAAUGACAACAAAAAUAAAUUGUAUGUGAAAAAAAAGUGACAUUGAUUGUUAUUAAGUAGAAAAAAGGCUUGUCGUUUUGGACUACAUGAAAAAAUAUAUGUAAUUUCAAAGCCUACAUAGAUGUGACUGAGUACAGUUGUCUUUUCGACUGAUUGUGUCAUCAUACUCCCAUUGUUCAGAAGAAUCUGACCACGAAUAAAACCUGAGUCUUAAA